AUGGGAUUUAUAAUCCCUGGUAAACCAUUAAAUAUUACAAAAAUAGAAAGAAGACGACAGCGAAGGACUUCAAAACCUUAUCGAAAUCAACAAACUCGUAAACCACAUCAAAUUAAUAAAUUAAAAAGAGAUUCUAUAAUUUCAUUAUCCAAUUCAUCUUCAUCACAUACAGAACUAGUUAGUCGACGACUAUCUAUUAAUACUAAUCUAAAUGUGAAAAAAUUAACGUUGAAUCAUUUACCUAUUGAUAUUAUUACUAAGAUAUUUAUAUUGGCUGGUCCAAAUAACAAUUUACCAUUAAUUAAUAAAUCAUUAUAUUCAAAUUUAAAAAUAUCAGGUAUAAAUAAUUCCGAAACCAUUACUACCCUAGAAGAUUUAGAAAUUGAAGAUAAACCAUGGACUAAUUAUUCUAUUUUAAUAAAAAUGAUUAAAAUGUUUUUUUUACAUGAUAUAAAUACAAGAUUAAAUAUUGACAAAAUUCAAACAAAAAUAAAAUAUUAUGAAGAUCAAAUUUUACAAUUAAGAAUCAAAUACGUUGAAGUUGAAAGAAGUUUAUUUUAUACAAAAUUAUUAAUCAAUUUGAGUAUUUUAAAGGAAAAAUUUAAAUUUUAUACAUCAAUUGAAGGAAAAUACGUAAUUGAUGAAUCUUUAUUAAAUUAUAAAUUUAUAUCAAGUCAAUUAUUAGAAAAUUUAAAUACUAAAACUUUUGGGUUUAAUAAAAACACUACAGAGUAUGAAUUAAUAAAAAUUAAAUCAUUAGAUGAAAUUCAAUUAAAUAGAAAAUUAAGAAAUGUUUUUCUAAAAUUAAAAUUUAAAGAAAUUGAUAUACUACUAAAAAUAGUAGAUCAAGAACUUUCGAAUGGAGCAUUUCAAGAUCCUAGUGUUUAUGAUGAUGAUUUUAUGAAGUAUCAACAAUUUAUUAAAUUUAAAGAAAUUGAAUUUUCUAAAAUUGAAACAAUAACAGAUCAUAAACUAAUGUCAAACAGUAAAUUACAAAACCCAAAUUUAGCAAAUUUUGAUGAUGAAUCUUUACCAGAUGAAGGAUUCACCAAAGAUGAGUUUAGUUUUUAUAAUUUUAAAAACGGAUAUAAUUUAGGUCAUGAAUUUUUUGGAGAAAUUGAAUCUUAUCAAAAACAAUUCAAAAUACCUAUUCAUAUUUUCCUAAAAAGUAUUUCCAACAAAAGAUAUUUUGAAAUUUUACAAUUUUUAAUAUAUAAUUAUCCUCAUGGAAAUUUUAAUUGUGAUUUAAUAAUGUUAAAAAUUUUAAAUUUACUAAAACCGUCUAAUAUUGAUUUUCAGAUCAAAAUUCCAUUUUUAAGUAUUGUUACUUUAAUUAUGUUUGAUAAUGUAUCUAAUAUGAAUCAAUCAUUAAUUGAAUCUUUCAAAUUGUAUGAUAAAUACUGUCACAUAUCAAAUAUUGAGAACUUUGGUAUAAAUGUAAAAGGUCAAAAUAUGUUGGAAAAUUUAUAUGAAGGAAUGUAUUAUAUGUGUUCAUAUUUAUUAGGUCAUAUUACAUAUAACGAUAUAGAUAAUGAGGGUAAUGAAAAUCAAAAUAAUGAAUCCACGAGAGAAUUAUGGAUAUUAGCUUUAAAAUUAAAAAAUUAUAAAUUAACUGAUUUAUUAUCUAAAUUUAGUAAAUGUCCUGAUAUAGAUAUUUUAAAUAAUUAUUCUUAA